AUGCUGUCAUUUGGGUCCAAGAUGCUGGCUAGACCACAACUACCUAUAGCAGUAGCCAAUAUACCUAAUUACUCAAAGCAGAAUACCCAUCACAAGCCAGUCUCCCGGAUCGGGCUUGGCUGCAUUCUCAUGGCACUGCUACUACCCACCACAUCGACGACGCACCACGCCCAGAUCAGUCUCGACGUCGGUCUCUUCUUCUUCAACUUACCUCCAAGAUGGCCGAAUCAGCCCCCACUGUCGGCCCUCGAAUUGAGUGAGCCACCCUUCACAAUGACGGCAGCUGACAUGCUAUGUACGACAGACUACACUCUUGCCAACCCCGAUACUAUCACCAAAUACAAGGUUGCUGGCGAAAUCUCCCAGAAAGUCCUCAAGGAGGUUUCAGGAUGGAUUGCUGCCGACGCCAACAUCGUCGAACUCUGUGAACGCGGCGAUGCGCUACUUGCUGAAGAGGUCGGAAAGGUCUACAAGGGCAAGAAAGUGCUCAAGGGCAUCGGACACUGUACCACCAUCUCCCCCAGCUCCUACAUCACGCCAUACACGCCGCUCAAGUCGGACGUAGAAGAGGCCGCUACGACACUCAAGGAAGGCGAAGUUGUCAAGAUCCAAUUAGGUGCUCAGAUUGACGGCUUCUGCACAAUCGUUUGCGACAAUGUCAUCGUUGGUAGCUCAGGCGAGGUCACUGGGCGCGAGGCCGAUUUGAUUCUAGCUACACACUAUGCGAACGAGCUUCUUCUGAGGCUGAUGUUACCCCCUGGUUUAGUCGCACACGGCGAUGAGGAGGAGCAAAAGAAGGCGUCUACCAAGAAGCCCUACACCCAGAGCCAGAUUACCACCAUGCUCGAGAAGGUCACCAAGGCAUACGGCUGCAAUCUAGUUGAGAGCACCACCAUCUGGCAAUUCGAGCACAACGAGAUCGAGUCCAAGAAGAAGAUCAUCCUAGCGCCCGGUGAGGGUGUAAGGGGUGAGGGUCUUCCUGAGGUCGGCGAAGUUUGGGGUGUCGAGAUGGGCGUCAGUCUAGGAAGUGGCAAGGUCAAGAGCAAUGGCAACAGGACUACUCUGCACCGACGUACGGGAACCACCUACCAGCUCAAGCGCCCCUCUUCAAGGGGUCUUCUUUCCGAAGUUGUCAAGAAGUUCGGUACUUUCCCCUUCAGUCUGCGACAACUUGAGGACGAAAAGUCUGCCAAGGUUGGUGUGGUGGAGUGUGUCCGUGGUGGCGUCCUCCGCCAGUACGAGGUCGUUGUGGACAAGGACAGCCAGCCCGUAGCUAGGUUGUUCACCACUGUUGCGAUCACUAAGAAUGGCAUGCAGCGCUUAGCUCAGCCUGAGCCUAUCGAUACUGAAAAGUACAAGUCUGACAAGAAGAUUGAGGAUGAGGAGAUUCUGAAAAUCCUUGAACAGCCUAUUGGAAAGACAUCGACCAAGAAGAACAAGAAGAAGAAGAAGAAGCCCGCCAAGAAGGCCGCUGCUGGCGGUGCCGCAGAAGAGGCAGAGGAAGAGAGCGGCGAUGAAGAGUAA